UCUUCCUUUCUCAGCCAGCACCGGAGCAGCGGGUGAGUGCGUGGCGUGGAUGGACUGGUGAAAUUUGUCAAAAUUCACUCAACUCAGCCAAUUUGAGUCUCACUAGAACGCCGCAAACAUGCCGGCGUAUUUUCAAAGGCCGGAGAAUGCUCUGAAACGAGCAAACGAGUUUCUUGAGGUUGGAAAGAAGCAGCCGGCUUUGGAUGUUUUGUACGAUGUCAUCAAAAGCAAGAAACAUCGAACAUGGCAGAAGAUCCACGAGCCCAUCAUGCUCAAAUACCUGGAGCUCUGCGUGGAUCUUCGCAAGAGCCACCUGGCCAAGGAGGGUCUCUACCAGUACAAGAACAUCUGCCAGCAGGUGAACAUCAAAUCUCUGGAAGAUGUGGUUAGGGCUUACCUGAAGCUGGCGGAGGAGAAGACUGAGACGGCCAAGGGGGAGUCCCAGCAGAUGGUCCUGGAUAUUGAGGAUCUGGACAACAUCCAGACUCCUGAAAGUGUUCUCCUGAGUGCUGUGAGUGGAGAGGACACUCAGGAUCGAACCGAUCGCCUGCUGCUCACUCCUUGGGUAAAGUUCUUGUGGGAGUCCUACCGCCAGUGCUUGGACCUGCUGAGGAACAACUCCAAGGUGGAGCGCCUGUACCAUGACAUCGCCCAGCAAGCAUUCAAGUUCUGCCUGCAGUACACCCGUAAAGCAGAGUUUCGCAAGCUGUGUGACAACCUGCGUAUGCACCUGGGUCAGAUCCAGCGCCACCAUAACCAGAGCACGGCCAUCAACCUGAACAACCCGGAAAGUCAGUCCAUGCACCUGGAGACUCGCCUGGUGCAGCUGGACAGCGCCAUCAGCAUGGAGCUCUGGCAGGAAGCAUUCAAGGCUGUUGAAGACAUCCAUGGCCUGUUUGCUCUUUCCAAGAAGCCUCCCAAGCCCCAGUUGAUGGCCAACUACUACAACAAGGUGUCGACUGUGUUCUGGAAAUCUGGAAACGCUCUCUUCCACGCCUGCACCCUCCACCGGCUCUAUCACCUCUCAAGGGAGAUGCGUAAGAAUCUGACCCAAGAUGAGAUGCAGAGGAUGUCCACCAGAGUCCUCUUGGCCACGCUGUCUAUCCCCAUCACCCCCGAGCGCACAGACAUUGCGCGGCUUCUGGACAUGGACGGCAUCAUUGUUGAAAAACAACGCCGGCUGGCCACCCUCCUGGGCCUGCAGUCUCCACCAACCCGGCAAAGUCUCAUCAAUGACAUGGUGAGAUUUAACUUGCUGCAGUACGUUGUUCCUGAUGUGAAAGACCUGUACAACUGGCUCGAGGUAGACUUUCAUCCUCUGAAGCUGAGCGGACGAGUGACCAAGGUGCUGAACUGGGUGAAAGACCAGGCUGAGAAGGAGUCUGAUCUGCAGCACUAUGUCCCUCACCUGCAGGGUAAUACCAUCCUGAGGCUCCUGCAGCAGGUUGCACAGAUCUAUCAAAGCAUCGAGUUCACCCGCCUGGCCUCCCUGGUUCCAUUUGUGGACGCCUUCCAGCUGGAGCGCUCCAUCGUGGAUGCUGCCCGGCACUGUGAUCUGCAGGUCCGCAUAGACCACACCUCUCGAACUCUGAGCUUUGGCUCCGACCUGAACUACUCGACCAAAGAAGAUGCCCCUGUCGGUCCAUUCCUGCAGAACAUGCCAUCAGCGCAGAUAAGGAACCAGCUGACUGCCAUGUCUGCUUCUCUGGCUAAGGCCAUCCAGGUCAUCAAGCCUGCCUCCAUCCUGCAAGAGCGCGAGGAGCAGAGCCAGCUGGCAAUGGCUGCCUAUCUGAAAAACGCACGCAAGGAUCACCAGCGCAUCCUGGCUCGCAGACAGACCAUCGAAGAGCGCAAGGAGCGCCUGGAGAGCCUGAACAUUCAGCGUGAGAAGGAAGAGCUGGAGCAGCGCGAAGCUGAGAUGCAGAAGGUUCGCAAGGCCGAGGAGGAGCGUCUGCGCCAGGAAGCCAAAGAGAGGGAGAAGGAGCGCAUCAUGCAGGAGCACGAGCAGAUUAAGAAGAAGACAGUCCGGGAGCGGCUGGAGCAGAUCAAGAAGACCGAGCUUGGAGCCAAAGCCUUCAAGGAUAUUGAUAUUGAGGACCUCGAGGAGCUGGACCCUGACUUCAUCAUGGCCAAACAGGUGGAGCAGCUGGAGAAGGAGAAGAGGGAACUCCAGGAGCGCCUGAAGAACCAGGAGAAAAAGAUUGACUACUUUGAGAGGGCCAAACGUCUGGAGGAGAUUCCUCUUAUCAAACAGGCUUAUGAGGAGCAGCGAAUCAAGGACAUGGAGCUAUGGGAGCUCCAGGAGGAGGAGAGGAUCAGUAACAUGAAAGUCGAGCGGGAGAAAGCUCUGGAGCACAAGAAGCGCAUGUCCAGGAUGAUGGAGGACAAAGAAAGCUUCUUGUCCAAAAUAACUGCUGCCCGUAGCUUCAUCUAUGAGGAGAAACUGAAAACCUUUGAGGAGCGCUUGGUGGAGGAGAGGAAGAAGCGCUUGGAAGAAAGGAAGAAGCAGCGCAAAGAGGACAGGCGUAACAACUACUACCGUCAGAAGGAGGAAGACGCUCAGCGUAUCCACGAGGAGCAGCUCAAGAAAGAGCGCGAGGAGGCUGAACGCAUUGAACAGGAGCAGCGAGAGGAGGAGGAGCGGGAGUACCAGGAGCGUCUUCGCAAACUCGAGGAGCAGGAGCGGAAGCAGCGCGCUCGUCAACAGGAAAUUGAGGAGCGAGAGCGCCGCCGUGAUGAAGAGAAACGGGUCCCAGCUGAGGACAAACCCAAGGAUUGGGGCGAGAAGGACGUUGAUAAGGAGCCUGAGAAGGAAGAAGGAGGGUGGAGGAAGCGUGUGGAGGACAAGGAAAGGAGAUCGGAGGAUGACAAAGAAGAAAGAGAAGCUCCUCUCAGGAGGGUAGAAGGUUUCCGCAGGGGUGGAGACGACAGAGGACCCCGUCGAGGCUUCGAUGACGACAGAACCCCCCGCCGUGGCGCUGAUGAGGAUCGUCCCAUACGCAGAGGGUUCGACGAUGACCGUGGUACACGUAGAGGUUUCGAUGAUGAACGCGGCCCAAGGCGUGCUUUCGAUGAGGACCGUGCACCAAGGCGUGGCUUUGACGAUGACCGCGGUGGCCGGCGUGGCUUUGAUGACGACAGAGGUUCUCGCAGAGGCGUGGAUGACACCUGGGGUCCCAGGAGAGGAGGAGAUGAUGAGGAGAGGGGUGGAAGGAGAGGCUUUGAUGAUGCUCCACGUCGUGGUGAGGAUGGCAAAGCUUGGAAGCCCCUGGGCAGGCCUGGUGGUUGGCGUGAGCGGGAAAAGGCUCGUGAGGACAGCUGGGGUCCUCCCAGGGACAAGUCCAGGGAGAAAGGCGAUGAUACUGAAGAGCCAAAACCCAGCGACCGGCGUCCAGUCAGAGAGGAGGGAGUCUGGAGGAGACCCGGCACAGAGGAAGGAGGAAGCAGCUGGAGAGACUCUCGUAAAGAGGAGGCUGACCGAGGAGGGCGCGAGGAGCGCCCGCGUGUUGAGCGCGUUGAGCGUCCGACUGUUGAGCGCGUUGAGCGUCCAACUGUUGAGCGCGUUGAGCGUCCGACUGUUGAGCGAGUCGAGCGUCCGAUCAGAGAGAUCCGGGAAGAGCGUGAAGUCAGGGCCCCACCUAGAGAAACAGAGGAUGGAGCUUCUUGGCGUCGUGGAGGCGAGGAGAAGCGGGAGGAGCGUCCCAGAGACAGUGAGCAAGAGACUGAGGCAGAAAAGGCCUGGCGUACCGACAAAGACAACCCUCGCCGCAUCAAGAACGAGACAGAUGAUGACGGAUGGACCACUGUCCGCCGCUGAGCAACAUCUGCAUCCAAUCGGUUCAAUGAAAUUGGUUCUGAAAAAUAAAUUUGGGUUCCCAUCAGCCAGUUAUAAAUGAAUGGCCACACGCUUGUAAUACUCAUGUGCGUUAUUACUUUGAAAUUGAAUCAUUAUAGACAGUAGUUUUUCUGGGGAUUUUUUUUUCUUUAUCUCCAUUGUUACACUCAGUUGUUUCAACCAGAGUUCUCCUCACCUGCCAGAACAUCAUCAACCAAUGAACUUGUGUGUGUACUUUGGCCUCAUGCAAACCAUCAGAGUAAGCAAAGCUGCCCCCAGUGGUUUGGAGUAUUAUUACCUUACAUGAAGACGUAAACUUAACUAUACUGAAAACAUAGUUACCUGCAACAACUUUCUAUGACAAUUUAGUGCAUCACCAACUGCCUCUUUUUGAAUAAUUUCCAUUGCAUAGAUGUGAUAAUAUGCCACAGAACCACAACUCCCUGUAAAGGCAAUGACACGAGUUGCUCAAACGCUUCAGUGAUCUGUGUUCUUCAUCCAAUAUUUCAGAUGCUUUUCACCCGGUUUAAGAAAUAGAGAAAUUUACAUUUGAUGUGCAUGUUUAGAGUAUUCAAUUAAUCUCGCCUGAUAUCCAGUGUGUGGUUCUAUCGCUGCAAUCAACGGUACUCAACCAGGUUGCAUGUCAACAGAUAAAGCCUUUAUUAAUAAAGAUGUUUGCUCACCAA